AUGAGAGGGACUUUGGAGAAUCUGCUUAAAGAAACUCCUGUACAAAUAAAUCAAAUAUUACCAGCAAAAGGUAUUGGGGUUUUGCACUUGGCUGUGGGCAUAGAACCCAUAGAAAAGUCAAAAAAAUGCACUGAGUUACUGCUGAAGCAUGGAGGAGAUCCUAACUUAUGCAAUGACGAUGGCGUAACACCAGUACAUAUAGCAGCAAUAUGGGGCAGAGUGGACAACCUUAAGUUGCUCAUAGGCUGUGGCGGAGACCCUUCAAGGAGAGACUAUGAUGGGCAUUCAGCCUUUGACUACGCAACCAGAGAAGAACAGUGGGAAGUGUUUGACUAUCUACACAAUGUUGUAGAUGAAACAGAUGUUUCAUAUAGACCCAAAUGUGCUUAUACAUUAGGAUUAGAAAGAGUGUUAUUGACAACAGACCAAAUUGUCGCCGAAUAUGGGCCGAUCGUCGAUGAUAACGCACAAGAACCUCCGACAGCCCGAAAGUCGGAAUUAAUUAACGAUUGGUGCGAAAAUAACAGUCUGACUAUUAACAAAUUGUACCCAACGAUAUUAGGCGAUACAUACCUCAUUGAUAACGAAUCGGCGCCGUGGAAGAGUACUUUUAUUGACUUCAGUGAUAACAUUACCCUCGAUCUCACUAAAGAUAGAAUUUCAAGUGACACAAACGUUAGUUUUAAAUCAUGUAUCUCGAAAAAGCUGACUGACGUAGAAAUAAGUGGUAUUCAACCUUUGAACUUUACCUUAGAUCAAAGUAAAUCAGACAGUUCUAACACUUUGAAUAAAAGGAUUAGUGUUUACGAAAACUUCUCACUGCCAGGAUCUCCUCAGACAAUAACUCAUAUCAAUUAUCAUUCGAAAACUAGUUUGAAGAAGAAGAAACAAGAAAAUAGUGGUAGCAACGUGAUCUCAAAUGACUGUUCUCAGGAGUUGGAUAAAGUGUUGGCUGUUGUACAGAACAAAACUAAUGAAUAUCUCUGUACGAGUAAGGGAGAGGUAAAUAAUACUCGAAGGUCUUCUGCCAGUAGUGGGGUGAGCAGUCACUUGUCUGGAGGCAGUAUUGUGAUAGCGAAUGUCCACGAAGAAUACAAAUAUGAAGACAAAGAUGAGGAUGUUGUACUCAUUGAGAGGAGACUUCUUGUGUCGCCUGUUGUGCUUCCCGUCGACGAUGGUAUGGAAUCAGUAUCACCAGAUCUCACAAUAAUUUCCGUCGCCUCAUCCCUACCAGCAUCUGUACAGUACGAUGAUAACACGCUCAGAGCAGAACUGGUUCGACUCGGAUUUACCCCCGGGCCAAUACAGAGUACCACGAGAAGUUUGUACUUAAAGAAGCUGCAAGCAUUGAAAAAGGAAUCCAGAUAUGAGAAUGUCGAUAAAUUGAGUGACAAGUUGAAGACAUUACAUGUGAACGAUAAACAGCCUAAAAAAACUUACAGUAUCGAAAUUGAAAAAUGUUUGCGCAAUCCUGAUUGGAUGCUCAAUCUAACAAAUUAUGUGGAGUUGGAAAACAAAGCGCGGCUGGAUUUUACCGACAAUAAGAAGAAAUGGCGCGAGGGAACCGCUAAGACGUCAUUCACAUACCUACUGUUAGACCCCAGACUCACUGACAACCUGCCAGCUAAGGCUGGGAAGCAGAAUCAACAUUUCUCUUGGACAACUUUUGUUAAUUCUAUAUUUUACGUUGGCAAAGGUAAACGCUCCAGACCGUAUUCGCAUCUAUAUCAAGCUCUGACUUUGUGGAAGAAAGACUUCAAGACGUCCAAAGAUAAGAAAGUCCAACAUAUAUUAGAUAUCUGGAUGGACAAGGUAGGUGUCGUGUGCCUGCACGUGUUUCAGAACGUGAUCCCAGCAGAAGCGUACACGUACGAAGCCGCCAUGAUCGACGCCCUCGGUUUGACGACCUUGAAGAAUUUGAAGGUCGGCAAUUAUUAUGGUGCAGUGGCAUCGUGGCCUUUGAAGGAACGACGAAUGCUCGGCGUCUAUCUCCUAUAUAAGGCUAUGCUGAUAUUCCUCAGCGAAGGUGAGAGACAGCUGCGACCUGAAGACUUAGACUGA